GGCCUGCUUGAUACGUCCGCCAUUUUGGGCGCUUCGCUGAUGGUGUCGGUGAGCGCGUUUCCCGCCUGAGCGCAACUGGCGGCGGGUCGUGGGCGCCUCCAGGAGAGCUUCUGUUUAACAUCCAUAUCUCACUUUAUUCCUGCUGAUCUGCCGAUGCACUACAUUGGAAGACAGUGUUUCCAGGAUAACCUGUAAUGGGCAAGGAGCCACAGAGAAGAAAGUGUUUCUUUUAAUUUUUACCCUUGGUUGGAAAGACCAGCAUGUUUUGGAAGUUUGAUCUUCACUCAUCAUCCCACAUAGACACCCUUCUAGAGAGAGAAGAUGUGACACUGAAGGAGUUGAUGGAUGAGGAAGAUGUUUUACAGGAGUGCAAAGCUCAGAACCGCAAACUUAUAGAGUUUCUAUUAAAAGCAGAAUGUCUCGAAGAUUUAGUCUCCUUCAUCAUAGAAGAACCGCCUCAAGACAUGGAUGAAAAGAUCAGAUACAAGUAUCCAAAUAUAUCUUGUGAGUUGCUCACUUCCGAUGUCUCCCAGAUGAAUGAUAGACUGGGAGAGGAUGAAUCCUUGCUAAUGAGAUUAUAUAGCUUCCUCCUAAACGACCCCCCCCUCAACCCACUGCUUGCCAGUUUCUUCAGCAAGGUGCUAAGUAUUCUUAUCAGCAGAAAACCAGAACAGAUUGUGGACUUCCUGAAGAAGAAGCGUGAUUUCGUAGACCUUAUCAUCAAGCACAUAGGCACGUCUGCCAUCAUGGACUUGCUGCUGCGGCUGCUGACCUGCAUCGAGCCUCCACAGCCCAGGCAGGAUGUGCUGAACUGGUUAAAUGAGGAGAAAAUUAUCCAGAGGCUUGUGGAAAUAGUUCAUCCAUCGCAAGAAGAAGAUCGGCAUUCAAACGCAUCACAGUCGCUUUGUGAAAUUGUUCGCCUGAGCAGAGACCAGAUGCUGCAAAUUCAGAACAGUACAGAACCAGACCCCCUGCUGGCCACUCUAGAAAAGCAAGAAAUCAUGGAGCAGCUUCUAUCAAAUAUUUUCCACAAGGAGAAGAAUGAAUCGGCCAUAGUCAGUGCCAUCCAGAUCUUGCUGACGUUACUGGAGACACGGCGACCACCAUUUGAAGGCCAUGUGGAGAUGUGUCCGCCGGGCAUGAGUCACUCUGCUUGUUUGGUGAAUAAGAGUGUGCUGGAGGCCAUCAGAGGGAGACUCUCGUCUUUUCACGAACUCCUGCUCGAGCCACCCAAGAAAAGUGUGAUGAAGACCACCUGGGGUGUCCUGGACCCUCCCGUGGGGAACACGCGGUUGAAUGUGAUUAGGUUGAUAUCCAGCCUGCUUCAAACCAACACCAGCAGCAUCAACGGGGACCUCAUGGAGCUGAACAGCAUUGGCGUCAUAUUGGACAUGUUCUUCAAGUACACAUGGAAUAACUUUUUGCACACACAAGUGGAAAUCUGUAUUGCAUUGAUUCUUGCAAGUCCUUUUGAAAAUACAGACAGUGGCACAAUUACUGAUCAAGACUCGCCUGGGGACAACUUGUUGUUGAAACACCUCUUUCAGAAGUGUCAGUUAAUAGAACGAAUACUUGAAGCCUGGGAAAUGAAUGAGAAGAAACAGGCAGAGGGAGGAAGACGGCACGGGUACAUGGGACACCUGACGAGGAUAGCUAACUGUGUCGUGCACAGCACUGACAAGGGCCCCAACAGUGCACUAGUGCAGCAGCUCAUCCAAGAUCUUCCUGAUGAAGUCAGAGAGCGAUGGGAGACCUUCUGCACGAACUCCUUAGGAGAAACUAACAAGAGGAACACGGUAGAUCUAGUUACAACCUGCCAUAUUCAUUCAUCCAGUGAUGAUGAAAUUGACUUUAAAGAAACGGGUUUCUCACAGGAUUCCUCUUUGCAGCAAGCCUUUUCUGAUUAUCAGAUGCAACAAAUGACGUCCAAUUUUAUUGACCAGUUUGGCUUCAACGAUGAGAAGUUUGCAGAUCAAGAUGACAUUGGCAAUGUUUCUUUUGAUCGGGUGUCAGACAUCAACUUUACUCUCAAUACAAAUGAAAGUGGCAAUGCGGCCCUGUUUGAGGCAUGCUGCAAGGAGAGGAUACAGCAGUUUGACGACGGCGGCUCGGACGAGGAGGACAUCUGGGAGGAAAAGCACAUCGCGUUCACACCGGAAUCCCAGAGACGGUCCAGUUCGGGGAGCACGGACAGUGAGGAGAGCACAGACUCUGAAGAGGAAGACGGCGCCAAGCAGGACUUGUUUGACUCCGGUGGCGCCGGCACAGAGGACAAGAUGGAGGUGGACCUGAGCGAACCAGCCGGCUGGUCAGCCAACUUCGACGUCCCAAUGGAGACCACCCACGGGGCGCCCUUAGACUCCGUGGGGUCUGACGUGUGGAGCACAGAGGAGCCCAUGCCCGCGAAAGAGACAGGCUGGGCGUCGUUCACAGAGUUCACGUCGUCCCUCAGCACCAAAGAUUCUUUAAGGAGCAAUUCUCCAGUGGAGAUGGAAACCAGCACUGACACGUUGGACCCCCUGACUCCCAGUGUGUCCGCGCUGGCCGCACAGCCAGAGGUGGCAGGUAGUGUGGCCAUGGAAGCCAGCUCUGACGGAGAGGAGGAUGCGGAAAGCACAGGCAAGGUGACCGAGACGGUGAUGAACGGCGGCAUGAAGGAGACACUCAGCCUCACUGUGGACGCCAAGACGGAGACCGCGGUCUUCAAAAGUGAGGAAGGCAGACUCUCUACCUCGCAAGACGCUGCAUGUAAAGACACGGAGGACAGCCCCGAGACGGCGGAAGCCAAGCGCACGACCCCCCGGCCCCCCAGCAGUAGUCCCGAGCAGAGGCCCGAGCAGCCGAGCCUGGGGGACGCGUCGGUGAAUGGCCCUGUAUGACGAGCCACGGCCGGCUGCUGACAGGACUGCGGAGCCACCUCGGGGCCUGGGGGGCCGGGGGAGCCCCGCCCCACUGCUGCACUCACUCCGCAAGGGAUCAGGACCAGCGACCUCCCGCUCCAGAUCUGAGACGCUGUACAGAGAAAUCCAGAAGUGUAAAAAUGUUGCACAUUGACAAAUACCAAGAGUUUUUCCGUAUGUUUAUAUUGUAUUGUUCUAAAUGACGGGUAGCCUGUGAAAUAAGACCCUGCCGCCCAUGGAAUAAUAGUCGUAAUCUAUAGUUCAAAUGGCUGUAAGAAUAGUUUUAUAAAAGUGAAUACACAGAUCUAUUGUAUUUGAAACAUAACUAUUUGACAGUUGUUAGUGUGACCAAAGCAUUAGGCGAUUUUCAUACAUUUUUCACCUUGUACAAAACUCCGAACUCGUUUUUCUUCCAGGUUGGCAAGGAGUUGUGGAGUCGAAGCUCCCUCUAAGUGUUAUUUUGGUUGUUCUUACACAGAAGUGAUUUGGAAUAAGAACUAUUUGGUGUUCUUUUUAUAACCGGGUUUUGAUUGGUAAUCGUUUUCUGUAUUAACACGGCUCAAACAUGUGAGUGUUGGUAGAGAUGCGGUAUUUAUUGCUACAGCUUAGGUGGUAAGCUGGCGGCACUGUUAGCCAUCUGUCCCGUUCAGUCUUGUUUGCUGGGACUGAUUAUCCCCACAGGUGAGACGCUAGGACACUGGAGUGUGUGUGGCUCUGGUUUGGGUUUGUUUGGGUUUCUUGGUUUGGUUUGGUUUUGGUAGCUCAUCUGCCUGUUAACCCAUUCACCAAAAUUUCCCAGUUAACAGUAUCCCCAGUGAACAUUUCAGAGCAGUCCGCAGAUCAGCCCCCUCGGGUCCGGUCGGGCCAGGCCCAGAGAUGCCCGUGCUGCCGCCGGAGCCGGAGCCCUUCGUCCGCAGGCCCGACUCGGACGGCAGCGUGGGGUCCGGCGCCGAGCAUGCCCCGCCCCACCGUCCUUGUGAGGCUUCCGCUCGUCAACUCUGAACCAGUGUGUUUUCUAGAGCUGGUUUGUGUACAUACAGUGAUUCUGGAUACGAAUUCAGUGUAAUUUAUAAUUUUCUAUGUAACCGCGCCGCAGCCUUCUGACAGCUGAAGCAAUACUGCCCCUUGCCCCUUGCCGUCUGGGGGGGUCGGCUCACUCCCCCUGCACUUCUAGAUGGAAGUCAGUUUUUCUUUUCUGUAAUAGAAAAUUAUCCACGUAUUUUUACAUCGUUUGUUUUUCCUGACCAGUAUUUAAAACCAAAAGGAUAUUCUGAAAAAUGGCCAACAAUUUUUUUAGAAAUAGCAUCCCAAGCAGCGUGCCUAAACAAUACAUUGCAUAUGGAAAUAAAAGAAUCAAAUGUC